AUGUUCAAAAACAUUGUAUGCUCUAACUUUGUAAGACCUAUUGCACGAAAUAGAUUAUUGCAAAUAAGAUUAUGUUAUUCCUCAGUAAAACAAAUCUUGAAGGAAAAAAUAGCAAACUACCUGGAUAAACCAGAACGUCUUUGUUGUGUUUGGAGGAAUUUUCUAGAAUGGAAUCCGGACCUGCUUGGGAGAGGAAACGAAGAAUUAAUAAACAAAUUAAAACAAAAAAUGAUUGAAAAAUCAGGUGGUGAUAUAAAUAUUGAAGAAGAAUUAUUUUAUGAUCUCUACAUAUUCGAUCAAAUUCAAGUACACAAGAUAAUCACAAAUUACCAGUAUAGAGGACAUUUAUCUGCAAGUAUCGAUCCUUUGAACAUCUUAAGAGAUAAGUUUGUUCCUGAUUCCUGCAAUAUUCCUAGAAAGGAUUUGGAAUCACUUCUAAACUGCCCUUACAACAAAGAGCGUAAGAUAAUAUUGCCUGAUGAAUCUUUCAUAGGUGGAAGUCAAACAGUUAUGAAACUGAAAGAUAUAUUAAUAAGACUGAACAGAUCCUUUUGUGGAAGCAUUGGUAUAGAGUUCAUGAACCAUACUUCGGUGGAUAUUCGGCAAUGGGUGAAGCGCAAGUUCGAGGAGCCAGCGUUCGUCCAGUCAAUGCAUGCGCCGAACAUCAAGCAGAUAAUCCUGCUCAGGCUCAUCCGAGCACAUUGCUUCGAGCAGUUCGUGAGCUCCAAGUGGCCCAAUGAGAAGCAGCAUGGAGCGGUCGGAUGCGAAAUCCUCAUGCCCGCCUUGGAGACGCUGAUAGACUUCGGGUCCGCUCACGGAGCACAAUCAUUUGUGUUAGGUAUGACGACAACAAGAGCCCGGUUGAACGUUUUGGCGAAUGUCUUCAGGAAACCACUUCAGCAGAUAUUCGUUCCCUUCCAUCACCAAACUUCUGAGGGAGUUCUUCUUCACGACGACGAUAAAUACGUCUUAGGAAACAACGUGAAGAAGGUUACUUCCAAUCAGGCGUUACCGACGGAGUUCGCUGUUCUUGCAAGUACUUCCAACUUCGUGGAGGCCAUAGACCCGUUAGUAUCGGGCAAGACGAUGGCAGAGCAGCUUUAUACUGCAGAUGACGACGGUCGUAGGGUUUGGCCGAUCGUCAUUCACGGUGACGAAGUAAUAAGUGGUCAAGGAAUCGUUUUGGAGACAUUUCGAUUGGCCAGCCAGAAGUACUUCUCGACAAAUGGAACGAUACACAUUGUACUAACCAAUCAGUAUAACUUGCCAAAAGAAGAUUCGGCGAAAUCGGAUGACGGCUCGAUAUACGCUACAAAUGUCGCUCAUGCCUCCCUGGCUCCGGUCUUCCAUGUCAACUCCCAGGACCCGGAAGCCGUGGUGUACUGUAUGAAGGUGGCUGCAGAAUACAGGGCCAAGUUUAAAUCAGACGUUAUUGUUGAUCUGAUCUGUUAUCAGAAAUACCUCCCUCCUGAGAAAAGUCUUCCGAAGGAUGUAGUAAAAAAAAUAAAUGAUCAACGUCCAAUAUUGGAAAAAUAUUGUGAAAAAAUGGUCAAAGAAGAGCUGUCAACUUGGUACGAGAUAGACAACAGUAUCCAGAAAUACGAACACCUUCUCGAAUACAGUUACUCCAAAGCUCAAAAGUCUAGUUUCAAAGUAAACGAAUGGCUUGACUCCCCAUGGAAAAGAUUUUUCGAAAAAAAACUCCAACUGGUUGAUCCAAAUACGUCACUGAUACCUUCCUUAUACAAGGUUACCGUAGAGAACAUCAUAAGCUACCGCUCCGACAUCAAUACGCAUCCUUCCAUUUUAGAAGCUCUCUCAAAUCACUAUACGAUGGCUAAGGAAAACAAAAUAACAUGGCUGAUGGCCGAAAAUUUAGCAAUAGCAUUUAUGUUGCAGGAAGGUAUCAAUGUAAGGAUGACUGGAGACAGCUGCGAAGAGGGAGAAUCAAUUAAAAGACAUCAUACAAGAUACGCGGUGGAUUCAAUGGAGACCAGGAUCCCAUUGAGAGGGAUGUAUAAAGCUCAAGGGUAUUAUACAAACUGCAACAGUCUCUCUUCUGAGUUUGCUAACUUAGGGUUCGAAAUCGGCUUUUCACAAACCAGUCCAAAGUCCUUAGUAAUAUGGGAAAGCACGAAAGAAGACAGAACUUCCUUGGCACAGUAUAUGAUUGAUGUAUUUUUGGCAGCAGGAGAAGGAAGAUGGUUUCGGCAGACUGGUUUGGUAUGCUUGAUACCGCAUGGUUUGGAAGGGAAAGGAGACAGUACUUCAUCUGGCAGACCAGAAAGAUUUCUCCAGAUGUGUAAUGAUGACUACCAAAAUCCAAUAACUGAAAUGCCAAUUCAACUUGUCAAAUGCAAUUGGAUAGUUGCAAAUGUGACGACACCUUCAAAUUAUUUUCACGUUUUGAGGCGACAGAUGAAAUUUAACUUUAGGAAACCUCUUAUUUUGUUCACUCAUAAAAAACUCUUUUUUAAAAUGAUAUACUCACCGAGGGAAGAUUUUCUGAACAAAAACAGGUUCAAAGUAUAUUUUCCAGACAAGAGUUUCCCACCAAAUUCAGACCAAGCACGAGAAGUAAAAAAGGUACUAUUCUGUACCGGUAAAGUGUACUAUGAACUUCUCGAUGCUAGAAAAAAUGCAAAUCACGAGAAAGAUAUUGCUAUAUGCAGAAUCGAACAGAUCAGUCCUUUUCCAUACCAUGCGAUUUUUAAGGACAUGGUUAACUAUCCAAAUGCUUCAUUUCAUUGGGUUCAAGAAGAGCACAGAAAUCAAGGAUGGUGGACAUAUGUUAGGCCGCGCUUCAUUGCGACAAUGGAAAUGAUAAGAAAGAAGACUCCUAGUAGUCCGAUAGUGCCUCAGAUCAACUAUAUCGGAAGAUCUUCAGGCUACAAGACUGCUGCUGAAAUAAGAUACCAGCAUUUCUUGCAGAUGAGGUUAUUCCUUGCUGAGGCAAUGAAAAUAGUCGUUUGA